CUGUGCCGAACGAGGACCAGCGCAGGCAGACUGCGAACGUCAGAGUGCCCUCCGACUUCGUCGCGUACACAUCCCUCCUGGAUCGCGACUAUCGCGCAUAUACGUUUGCGAUAUACGUUUUGCGUUUCAGAUUUGUACGUUCUCGUGUGUCGCGAAAAAAAAAAAAAAUAACGCGACAAUUUGUGAAACUGAAGUCGGUGAAUUUACUGGUAUACACUUGUGUGAUUUUGUGUCCGAAUCCUGUCUGAGAGGUAGGCAAGAAAAGCUCGCGUAGUCACGAGGAGAGAAACGGAAAUUGAAAACGACGGAGCAAUCCGAUGGAGAGAUAUCUACCGUGAGAGAAACUAAACUUCAUUCCGCGCGGAAUUGCGGAAUCCGCCUUCGAGUUCUCUCGAUUACAUCAGUGCGGAAUUUCUGUUCGGUUCUCCUCCGAAGAUCUGUGGAUCUUCCGGUGGAAACAUCCGGUCCGAUCAUCGGGGAGGCUCUUCGAGAAAUAUUGUCUUUUUCUAAAAUAUUAUUUACAGUUAAACGAAUCUUCAUGCGAUCUUUUAAAUAUUUCAGAAGGAUCAUAAUAUAAUUCGAUAUACGGAUCUAUUGUGAAGUGACAAUUUAGUUUGCGGUUCGUUUGAAUAAAAAAAAGCAAGAGUUUCUAUCGAUAAAUCAUUCUCGUCGAUCUAAGAUGGAUAUCUGGAAGAAGCGACACUCGUAGAACUUCCGAUAUUGGUGCCGCGCUCCUUCAACCGUGUCUUACUCCAAUUUUUGUUGGAAAUUGUGGGAGAAAAGACUGAAGUUGGAUCUAUCGCGAGAGAUCAAGCACGAUGCGCUGAGGAAACAUCGAUCAUCGCGGGCCAAAAGCGGGCCUAGACGCGUUAGAUGUUCAAUUAAAUCGUUUCAGCAUCGGAUAAACGGAAUAAACGGGCAGAUAGUGAUAGUAACAGAGAGCAUAAAUCGAGAGAGUGAGAAGAGAAAGAUAACUGGAGCCGAAUCGCAUGACUCGAUUAAUUUGGAGCGACAAACAUCGCGAUGCUGCUGCACAAGAGCGUUUUAUUAUUUUAAUAAAAAAAAAUAAUAAUAAAGCAACAAACUCGUGAAAGAAAAAUAUUUGGAUCGAUUUGCAAGGAAUAAUUCGGAAAGGUGGUGUGAAAAACGUAAGGAAAAAGUGUAGAAUAUUCGUAAAAGAAUUAAAGCGUAUCGCAUGGUUAAUAAUAUAAUAAUGAUGGUACGGUUGAACAGAUGUAACUGAGUUACUUGUCCGGAGAAUUCACGUCGUCAGAGCGGCACAAACGAUAUAAAAGUUGGAAUUUUAACGUCCGCGCGCGCCGAGGGCUGCUAUAUUAAUUGCCCGUCGUAAUUGGGGUUUGUAGGGAUCGCGCUUAAUUAGUUCGGGGUCUAUAACGGGUGAACGAUGAAGUGGUACGUGUUGGUGUUGGUGUUCACCGGUCUGACUACAGGCGAUAACGCCGUCCGUGCGGACAAAGUCCGUGCGGACAAAGUCUUCAACUGCCCGAACCUCAAUGCUCAAGAUGCGAUAGAUCUCGACAAGAUAAUGGGCAAAUGGUACGUGGUGGAAGUAUUGCAACACAGAGAGGAUCCUUCGAAACCACACAGUGGGACGUAUGCCGUUGACAUGUGUCCAGUCGUAAUGAUGAAAUCGGCCAAUAACUAUACCUUAAAGUUAUUGUGGACCGAGGAGGCCGGGAAUGUGGAGUACACUUUCACAAUACCAGAAAGUAACAAAGGCUUUUGGCGAACCACGCAUAAACAAAAUGGCACCUUGACGGAGAGGCACUAUAAGCAGUUCUCAGGCAGCAUGCACGUAAUGAAGGCCGUCGCCUCGGACAUGGUGUUGACUUUCUGCUCUCGUCAUCCCGACCCUCAGCUUUACUCGCUGCUAUUGUCGCGCGAACACACCCUGCAGAAGAGCGACAAACGAGGCGUACACAAUCUGUUGAGCCGUCGCGGCCUGAAGAUUUCCAGCAUCCGGGAGACCUGCGUGAACGGCGGCUCUGGAUCCAGAAGGGGCGCGCUCGAUCUCGUCACUUGGGUGGCCCUCGUCGGUCUCCUCUCGUCGAGCUUCCUCUUUAGGUCCUGGCAGUAGUGAAUUAGGUAGACGAUCGAUAUCGAGAACCUUGGCGACACGCGAUCGCCAACUCGAGUGUUUCCUCUCUCCCCCUUUCUCUCUCUCUCUUUCUAUCUCUCUCUCUGUCUCGAUUAAUUAACAUGAUUAUUAACACUUUGGAUGCUGCGCGCGAAUAAUCUCAAACAUCGCCGGAAAUUCGUCGAGAUUCCGCUUGAUAUACUUUUAGGUUAAUUAUAAAACGCUCGCGAAUUGAAUUAAAUAUUCAGCGUAUUAUUUUUUACGUGAUAAUGUUCACAUUCUGCAUAAUUUGAGAGAGUUCUCUUGUGAAAUAAUUAUAUUUCCUUUUAUCCAGCUUUUCUUUACUUUCUUUACUUCCUCUGUUAGAAAAUUUUAAGCGAGUUGAAUAUUUAAAAUGUAUUAUUUAAUAGAUAAAUUAUUUGAACUAAUAAUGCACAGCACAUAACACACAUUAACUAUAAGCGAAAUAAAUAUGAUAUAUCGUCGAACCCAUUAAUAUAUUAAUAAAACGUAA